AUGGAAAACGAAUUUAUGAAAUUACAACUAGAUUCACUUGAAGACUUCGAAUACAUCAAAAGUUGUGUAUUGGAAGCGUCGAGAGGGACAAUUAAAGAGACGUCGGGUGUAGGUAACGACCCCGAGACUUUUGAGGCUGUCUCGAAGUGCGUGGAAAAGUGGAUUAAUAAAUUAUUCAAAUAUGUCUCUUACAAUACACAAAUUAAUGGAAUUGAUUACAAUGAAGCUGUUGAAUCACAAGAGGAAACCCUACCUUUCGAUGAACGCCUAAACGAUGCCGUCCAAGAAAAAGAACUUGAGUACUACGAAAUGCUGGUACGCAUUACCAAUCGACGUCGCGUGAUUCCGGAACAAGCUAAACUAUUGUUGGCAGAUGCGAUGAGACGACAGUCGUCUAUUGUGGAUCGUGUGGACGCAUGUUCGAUGGAUAGUGAUGAUAAUGACGAUGAUCAGAAUAUGUUUGAAAUACCAGAAAAGGAAAAAACAAUGGAAAUGUAUCGGAAGGGUUUGUCACUUUUAUCCGAUUUGAAAAAGUCCGUCUCGGCGAACUUUUCUAAAUUAGAACGAGCUCAGACGGUUGUCGAUGACCUCUUCCUACUGCAUCAAAACCAUUAA